AUGCUACGCAACAAGAGACUCCGCGAUCAGGAGGAACGUCGUCGUCAAGAGCAGCAGAUGCCUGUGGUAUCUCACUCUCCCCCUACGUUGCCUAUCCUGCCAAACAUGGAGCCAAUCGAAGGCGCACGGCCCGACUCGGUCGCCAUUGUAUCUGGAAGAGGCCACGACUAUCGCUCUUCUCCUCCUCCGGCCAACUUCUCUCGCCCUGGAGCCAAGCAGACAAGCAUGUCAAACUCGUCAAUGCCAUCCAUGUCGUCGACCGGCAGUCUCAACAAUCCCAACUCCUACGGCGUUCCCCUGCCUCCCAUGCCCGAGUCACUACCCCGUACCGAAAGCAUUGUCAGCCGCGGCAGGGAAAGCUAUGCUCCCAGCAUCUCAGCCAACAUGCACUCUCCUCGCCGGAUGCGUCGUCGCAAGGAGCCAGAAGCUUUCAACAUCCUCAUCACCGGAGCCAAAGGAUCGGGAAAGACUUCGUUCGUCGAGUUUCUCAAGACCGCAUUGGCCUUACCUCCACACAAGCAGACCCGCGGUCACACACCUCCACCUCACAUGCACAACGAAUCUCCUUUCGAGCCAUCAUACGUCGAGACUGACAUCGAAGGAGAACGCGUGGGCGUCACUCUUUGGGAUUCCCAAGGACUAGAAAAGAGCAUCAUCGAUCUUCAGCUCCGCGAUCUGGCUGCUUUUGUCGAGUCCAAGUUCGAGGAGACCUUCAACCAGGAGUCCAGAGUCGUACGCACACCUGGUGUCAAGGAUACUCACAUCCACUGUGUCCUCUUGCUACUCGACCCUGCUCGCCUCGACUCUACCAUGCGCUCCGCCGAGCACUCUGCGACUAAGAAAUCUACAGGUGCCGAAGACGAGGCGCUCGACCUCGAUGUUAUCAGAGGCCUUGAAUCAAAGACGACUGUCAUUCCUAUCAUUGCCAAAGCCGAUACCCUCACAGCGGCCCACAUGGCACACCUGAAGCGUCUGGUCUGGUCAAAUGUUAAGAACGCCAAGCUCGAUCCGCUCGAGGCUCUGAGUCUGGAUGAAGAGGAUGAGGAUGACUCUCCGGAUUACGAAGCCCUUGACAGUGAGUUCUCAAGUUCAGAGUCCGGGAUUUCUCAGGCAGCACGCUCGUCACCACACAAGGUCACCGAAGACACCAAUGCCGAGGAAAGCGACACAAUGGGCAGCACCUUCUCGCCGGUUAGAAAGUCGUCGAGAGCAAUGCUUGGUCCUGUCUCUUCGAAGCGUGCCGACUCUUGCACCCCUGCACCCGAAGAGCUGUUUUUGCCCUUCUCGAUCUUGAGCCCAGACUCGCACACUUCGCCAGGUGCCUUGACCCGCGUAUUCCCUUGGGGCGAGGCUGAUCCUUGCAACCCUGCUCAUUGCGACUACAUCCGUCUUCGCGAAUGCGUCUUUGGCGAUUGGCGCUCCGAUCUGCGUCUUACUUCCCGCGAGAAGUGGUACGAGAACUGGCGUACCAGCCGUCUCAAGCGCAACCCUACAUCUCGUGUCCGAGUUUCUGGCGGUGUUACUCCCAUCGCUGCUGUUCCCAAGGAGGGACGCACGGUCUCGCCUACUCUCACAUCCAGGUCCCGUGCUGUCAGUGCUUCCAAGCAAGCAUCGAGAAUGUACGACGAAGUGCCUGAGAGACCUCGCACAAUAAGCACUAGCAAGGCUGAGCGUGUCUUGGGUAGUCCCAGAGGCAUUGCUUUGUAA